UCGAUCUACAACUAUUCCACGUACUUUGUAAAAUUAAUUUGUGAAAUAUCACGAUGAAAAAGCUUUCAUAUCUCCUUCAAAAGGGAUUCCAGAUUUGUGCUAAAAGAUCGUUUGCUGCAUCGACUUUCAACACUCCAUUAUCUGGAAAUGAUAUGCCUAGGGCUGGUGGAAUAGCCACAUUUAUGAGGCUCCCUUUCCAGCCUCUUGCCGAGGGUUUAGACGUUGGUAUAUUAGGCAUACCAAUGGACUGCGGUACAUCUAAUCGAUCCGGUACUCGAUUUGGACCUCGUCAAAUACGAGCGGAAUCAUCACUUUUGAGACCUUGCAAUUCUAGUACAGGUGUAAAUCCAUUUUCUGUUUUGCAAAUUGCUGACAUUGGAGAUGUCCCGGUCACCAUUUAUGAUAUCCAAAAAGCGAUACAAGACAUCAGAGCUUUCAUUCUUAAAGUGCUGGCCAAAAAUUGUACUCCAAUAACUAUGGGCGGAGACCACACUAUUACGUACCCGAUACUGCAAGCUAUUAAGGAGAAGUACGGACCCGUUGGUUUGAUUCAUGUUGAUGCGCAUGCUGACGUGAACGAAUCGAUGAUGGAUUGCAAAAUUGCUCAUGGAACGCCUUUCCGGAGAGCUGUAGAAGAAGGCCUAUUGGACAGAAAGAGGGUUGUGCAAAUAGGACUAAGAGGAACCUCCUAUACUCCACAUGAUUAUCAGUAUUGCAUCGAUCAGGGCUUUCGAAUAGUCUUAGCAGAUGAGUGCUGGUAUACAUCCUUAGCACCUCUUAUGAAUGAUAUCAAAAAACAGAUGGGUAAUGGACCAGUGUACGUGUCAUUGGAUAUAGAUGCAUUAGAUCCUUCUUUUGCUCCUGGAACCGGAACGCCAGAAAUUGGUGGCCUGACUACAAUACAGAUGUUGGAAAUCAUUAGAGGUCUAAAUGGAUUGAACAUCAUUGGAGGAGACUUGGUGGAAGUUUCACCUCCUUAUGAUCCAAGUGGAAACACAGCUUUGACAGCUGCAAAUAUGAUAUUUGAAUUACUGUGCAUUCUUUCUGUUAAUAAAUAAACAUAUUAAAUUUUUUCAAUACUUGUAACAUUUUGUGUGAUUUUCUGCAUAUUUUCAUUUUAAUAAAGAAAUAUUUUUUUAAACGCAA